AUGCUAAAAGUACAUAUCAUUAAAAAAUGGAAAGGAUUUAUAAAAUGUCAACCUUUUUCAAAUGUCAUAAUUGAACAGAAAGGAAAAGAUUAUGUAGGUUCCUCCUUUGAAAGGAAUAAAGAUAAAUUUAAAAAAAACACAAAAUUUAAAGAAGAUCUAUAUAAAUAUCAUCAUGAAGAAUAUAUAGAUUGUGUAAAUAGUAGGCCUAGUUUAUAUUUGAAAGAUGAAGAAAUUUAUGAACAUGACGACAAUGAAGAUAACGUACAAACUUCUCAUAAUAAUAAUAAAAAAAAAAAAAAAAAAAACACGUAUGACAAAAGAUUAAAAAGAAAUAUUCCAUUUAUAUAUAGUAAUGAAAUACAAAAUUUAGAAGAAUUAAAAAAAAAUCCUUUUAUCUUAGUUAAUGUAAAAAAUAUGAAAAAUGAAUCUUUUGGAGUAGCGACAUUUAAUCCUUAUUCUUUAAUCAGUGCAAGGAUUAUUAGUAACAAUACUCUUUUUUCAAUAAAUAUUAAUUUUUUUAUUGAAAAAAUUAAAAAUUCUUUACAUUGGAGAUGUAAAUUAAUGACAAAUCAAGAAGAACAAGAAAAUGAUAUACGUAUUUCCUCUCAUCAUAUUAAUAAUGAAAAAAAAAAUGAAUUAAUUAAUUUUCAUGAAGAACAAAAUAAAAUAAAUAAUUCAAAAAAAGAAAAUAAUUUAUUUACAUACACAUAUCAUGCACUUAAUCCUAAACAUUGUUAUAGAUUAAUUAAUGCAGAGGGUGAUAAUAUUCCAGGUCUUAUUAUAGACAGAUAUGAUGAUUUUAUUUCCAUACAACAUAUAACCUUAGGAUGUGAAAUGCUUGCUUAUAAUAUUAAUCAUGCCAUUCUAGAACUACUAAAUCCAAAAGCAAUCAUUUUUAGAAAUGAUAUUAAAGAUAGAUUAAAUGAAAAAUUAGAAAUUUAUAAAAAAGUAGUUUUUGGAAAAGUACCUGAACAAGUCAGGCUAAUAGAAAAUAAAUGUUUUUUUUUAAUUGAUUUAAUAAAUUCUCCAAAUACAGGUUGGUUUUUUAAUAGAAAAGAAUUGAGAAAACUUGUGUGUAAUUAUGCAAAUCAAAAACAAGUUCUUGAUCUCUUUUCAUAUGUGGGUUCCUUUGGUAUUCAAUGUUCAAAAAUUGGAAAUGCCAAAUAUGUUGUCUGUGUUGAAAAAGAUAGCUAUUUUGUUGAGCUAGCCAUAAAAUCAGCCAAUAUGAACAAUUUAAAAUAUAAUGUUAAAAUGAAUAGUUCACAAAAACAUCAUACUAAUAAACAAAAUAUAUCCAAUCUGGAAAAUAAUAAUAGUAUAGAUAACACAAAUUGUAAUAUAUCAUUUUUAUGUCAAGAUGCUUUAGAAUUUUUGAAAAAUUGUAAACAAUUAUUUGAUAUAAUAAUAUUAGACCCACCUAAUUUAAUACCUAAAUCAAAAUUUCUUGAAUCUGGAACAAAAAGAUAUAUCGAUUUAAUUCAUUUAGCUCAAAAAUGUGUGACUCCUAGUGGACUCAUAUUAAUAACCUUUACAACAAAAUUAUGUUCUUAUCAAGAUUAUAUUAAUAUAAUUAAUAUGUCAUUUUCUGAAACUAAUAAAAAUGUAAAAAUUGUAGGACAAGGUAGAGGAUCCCCCGAUCACCCUAUUCAUUUGUCCCUAUAUGUAUAUGCAGAUUUUUAUUGGUUUCUUAUUCAAUUAGAUUAUUAA